AUGGACGGGGACGCACAGGCAUCUGUUUCCCGAGGAAAUGACUGCGAGAUGACAUCGGGCACUGGCCCGAAUUCUGCUGGCGAUGUGGCCUGUUGGAGCACAUGCGCCGUGUUGACGGAGCGGCUUCGUCUGUUACAACUGCGCGGGAAAUUUCUGGACACUCGCCUGGUUGAGCUCAAGAGAGAAUGUGACACGGUGGGCCGCGGUGAGCCAGAGAACACCUGGGACAGCAAAGGCCUUUCCACCUCGACACAGGACGAUGACGUAAAAUCCUGGGGUGUGGCCCACCUUGGGGAACGCCCGUUCUCCUCCUAUCCUCCAUACUCGUUUGUUCGUGUGAAGACCGACACUUCUUUUUCUUCCGUAAAUGGUAGCAAUCCUCAGCAGGUCACCCGAUUUCAAGAGGCCAACUGCUGUUUAUUCAACGCUACUCCAGCUGGGCACAGCAAGGCGCGCGACAUGGGUCAUUCGCCAUCCCCGUCCCUAAUCAUUGUGGAGGUUAUGGAUACUGGUGAUGCCGCGCCACGCCCAGCCCCACGGGGCAUCGUCGCUUCUGUCACAGAGGAGACAGAGCCGCUCACCCAAACUUUAUUGGAUGAGACCAUCGCUACACAUCAACUGAAAAGUGACGGCAAUAUGCACACUGAGCGGCAGGAGCAAAUCUCUUUCCUUAUGGACCAGAUUCAGCAGAUCAAUGUGCCGGCUCGGCUCGCAUCGCCAGCAGCCAAUUUGUUUAAGCGGAUUCAUGAAGGGCUCUGCAACCAGGGGAAUUCAGAGACUGAGAGUGUUGUUUUGAAUGCAAAUGACACGCAUACGGUAGAGUCUGAGGGAGUGGGGGUGAUAUCUGCAGCCAUGGACAGUGGGCAGGAUCAGCCGCCACCGCUUCCAAAUGCGGUAUCAUCUGUAGAGAAUGGGGAUGUCGCUGUUAUUCCGGCAGAAGUCCGAACAACAUGUAACACUGCGAAUAUUUCUCAAAAAAACAACUUCUCUUCAAUAUUGUCAUCAGUGUCAAUGCCACAAGUGCUUCCAGAUUUGUUUUCUUUAGAAUCCAAGCCUGUGGUUUCAAUUUGUGCGGAAAAAUCCUAUCACGAAGCUUCCCUGUCCGCUGUGGGUUAUGAAGAAGAGGCACGGGUGAUGCUUCAGAGGGGAGAAUGGAAAGAAGCGAGGGACAAGAAAGGUAGGGUCUACUACUACCAUCCCAAGGAAAAAAAGUCGUGUUGGAAUUUGGCUAAAGAGCUACAACUUUUAGCGAAGGCGAAUGGGGAAACUGACAAGGAUGCUUUAGAGAGAUAA